AUGGACUAUGGACAACAGAAAUUCUUACGUGAAGAUGGCAUCCUGUUAUGUGCCCAUUGGACCAGACCUCCUGAUGGUUUCGUCAAGCUCAAUGUUGAUGGAAGUCACAGUGAGGGAGGUGACCACAUAGGUGGCGGUGGUGUAAUCCGUAACAGUCAAGGGAAGUGGAAGCUUGCCUUUUCUUCCUAUGAGGUGGGAGAGAACACGUUUCAGGCUGAGUUGGGCGCCUUGCGCGACGAGCUCCGGUUGGCGUGGAAUGCUGGAUUUCGGAGGGUGAUAGAUGAGGUUGAUUGUGUUGGGGUUCUGUCAGCCCUUGAUGAGGUCGAGGCAGACCAGUUUUGCCCUACGGUGGAGGUAGUUCGCGAGCCUAUCCAUCGGAGCUGGGUAGUUCACCUGAGGUGGGUUCCCCUCCCUGUGAGUGCAACUAGGUUGCAGACUGGUAUGCCAAGUUGGGGACAAGGAGCAAUUCGACAAAGUUGCAGGUGUGGGAUGAGCCAUGUUUUGAGGUGCAACCGCUCCUGCUUAGUGAUAGUCUUGUAG